AUGGUUUUAGGUGAUAAUUAUAAAAUAUCUAUCACCUCUGAGGAUAAAUAUAGAAUAAUUGAAAGUAACAAACAUUUUUGUUUUUUUUUCAAAUAUUAUACUAUCCUAUUUGUUUUUGAUUGCCAAAUUGGUUGUUAAUUAUGUGAAUCUGAGUAAUCUGAGAGAGAAUGUUUGUUUUUAAGAGUGCUUCAAAAAAAUAAAAAUGACUCAAGAAUAUUAUAUAUAAAAUCUAGGAUCACAAAAGCCAAAUUAAUUAUCAAAGGGUAUCUUCUUUAUUGUGUGCUCUUGAUAAGAAGGUUUUAAGUGUAUCAGCCCAAAGAAUUAUCAGAUCAAGCACAUCCGAAAUUUUUUAGAUAAACCAUUUAUUAUAAACUGUUGAAAAUUUUAAAAAGAAUAUUUAUGAUUAUUUAGAGCAGCAGCAAUGUUUUAUAAUCAUUUGGAAGACUAUUUGAUAGAUCAUGA